AUGAUGUUCGCUGAUGAUGAUACCAAUGAAAACCUAGCGAAUAUAGGUUCUUCAUCAUUAACAUCAUCAUCUUUAACAUCAUUUAUGGAUGAUUUUCAUUGUUCACAACAAAAAAUAUCAACAACUAAUGAUUCAUAUUCUCAUCAAUAUUAUCAAUUUUAUUCAAAUUGGUCUGAAACAACAUCAAAUAAUCUUUCAAUAAACUCAUCUAUACAUAAUCAAUCAAUAACAACAAAUCGUAAUGUUAAAACAAAACCUAAACGACGUCGUAUAGCUAGUUUAGCUCAACGUCGUGCUGCAAAUGUUCGUGAACGUAAACGUAUGUUUAGUUUAAACGAAGCUUUUGAUCAAUUACGUGAAAUAGUUCCGAUAUUUGCAUAUGAAAAAAAAUUAUCACGUAUUGAAACAUUGCGUCUUGCAAUUAUUUAUAUUGCAUUUAUGACUGAACUUGUUUUAAGUGGUAAAACAGUUGAUGAAGCUUCAUUGAAUGCAAAAGUUGUUUUAAGUCAAUGGACAGAUACAUUUACUUAUCAAAUGAAUUCAUCAUCGAUGUGUGAUGAUACACCAACAAGUUCUGGAAGUCCUGUUUCUUCGACUUCACUUCCGUCAGUUACUUAUCAACAUCCAUCAGUUUAUUCAAAUUCUAAUACAUGGUUUAAUGGAUUAUCUGAUAAUGAACAUAAUCCUCAUCAUCAUACAUCACCUCCAUCUCAUCUUCUAGCAACAUAUCAUUUAAAUAAUGGAGAUUUAGUUUCGGAUGUUUAUCGUUUACCAAUUGAAAAUACAAAUGGAAAUUCAUAUUAUUUACCUUAUCAAACAACAGUAGGCAAUUCUGAUAAUGAUGAAAAUGAUUUAGAAGAUGGUUCUGAUGAUGAUGAUGAUGAUGAUGAUGAUACUGAUUCAACAUAUCAUUUACCAAAACGAAUAAAUAAUAAUUCAACGAAUAAUAAUAAUAAAAUAACAACAACAGAUCAACGUCGACCAACACGUCCAAAUGGAUCAAAACGAAAACGAAAACGUGUUUUAAAUGGUGUUCAACGUGCUGAAGCAACACAACGUGAAAAACGACGUAUGCUUAAACUUAAUCGAGCAUUUGAAGAUUUAAGAAAAGUUUUACCAGUAACGGAAUUUGCACGAAAUAAAUUAUCACGUUCAGAAACACUUAAAUCAGCGAUUGAUUAUAUUAAUCUUAUGUUUGAUAUGCUUGAUGCUGCAAAAGGUCAUCAUCAUUCUUCAUCUUGCUUAUAA